AUGGAUGGCACCAAGGUAGCCCCGGGGAGGACGGCUGGCCUAUACGCCGGUGCAGCCGUCCUGCGGCUUGCCAUCUUCACCCUGCUGCCCGGACUCGCGAAUCUGCUGACGGGCCGCGUCGAGGUCUCGACCCCCGUCACCAGCUUCAAGCGCCAAGGCCUGUUCCUGUACAACCGCAAUGUCUCUCCCUACGACGGUGGCGUCUACCACCAGGCGCCCCUCUUCCUCCCGCUCUUCUCGCUGCUCCCGAGCUUCUCGUCCUUCCCCAUCUUCACAUACCUUCUCUACAUUGUCGUGGACCUGCUAAGCGCCAGCGCAUUGUGGAGGAUCGCCGAUUCGGGCGAGGCCGGGUCCUCGGCGCUGUUCACCUCUCCGCGUCGGGAGAAGCGCUGGUCUGGCUUCGGUAUUGCUGCUCUCUUCCUCUUCAACCCCUUCACCGUCGCGACCUGCAUCGGGCGCUCGACCAGCGUCUUCACGACCUGCGCCAUCCUCCAUGCCAUUGCAAAGGCCGUGUCCGGCGCGCCGUUCGGUGCCAUGGUGGCCCUCUCCUUCGCCAGCUACCUCUCCAUGUACCCGCUGCUGCUGCUCCCGCCUCUCAUCCUCCUCUGUUACGACAGACAGUGCCCUGAGCGGGCAAUCAACUCGGGCUUCAGAUUCGCCGCUACCUGCGUCGCCACCGUCGCCGGCGUCCUCGCCGUCCUCUUCCAGCUGUCGUACUUCAUCACCGGCUCCUGGGAGUUCCUGCCCUCGACCUACGGCGUGCAGUUGACGCUGUCGGACCUGACGCCCAACGUCGGGCUGUGGUGGUAUUUCUUCAUCGAGAUGUUCGACUCGUUCCGCUCCUUCUUCCUGGCCGUUUUCUGGCUGCACCUGUCGAGCUACGUCGGCGGCCUCACGUUGCGCAUCCGCCGCCAGCCGCUCGUGGUGCUGACGCUGCUGCUCGGCAUCUUCGCCAUCUUCAAGCCCUACCCGAGCAUCAGCGACACGUCGCUGUUCCUGGCCAUGGUGCCGCUCUAUCGCCACGUGUUCCCCCUCAUGCGCUACACUUUCGUCAUUGCCGCCGUCAUUCUGUAUGCCGCCUUCCUGGGGCCGGCUUUUUACCAUCUGUGGAUCUACGCCGGCAGCGGGAACGCCAACUUCUUCUAUGCUAUUACGCUGGUCUGGGGCCUGGGGCAGAGCUUGUUGGUUUGCGACUUGAUGUUUGCCGUGCUGCGGGACGAGUGGGAGGUCGAGCGGCCCGAGAUGGUGGGCAAGGAGAUCCGGCAGAUCUAAGAAGCGGGUCUUGUCGAUUUUGUGAUAGGUAAACAAGAGCUAGGCAUUAAUACAAUGGGCUAGCGAGUCCUGUGUCGCAAG